AUGGCUGGAGAGAAGGGGAACGUCUCUCUGCUCGGAAGCUUGGUUCUCUGUCUAUGGCUUCUGUGCCAUGAGUCUCUGGCCCAGACAUACUUGGAGCAGGCCCCUUUCCGGGGAGCGCAACGGAGGCUGGGAGACCAGAGCAAGUGCCGACUGGAGAACCUCCGGGCGCAGGAUGCCCACCGCCGCGUCGAGUCCGAGGCCGGCGUGAGCGAGUACUGGAACAAUGCCGACCAGCAGUUUGAUUGCGCCGGCGUCGCCGCCGUCCGCCACACCAUCGAGCCACGGGGGCUCCUCCUGCCGGAGUUCUCCAACUCCCCGAGUCUCGUCUACGUCGUCCAAGGCAUCCCUUCCAAAACCCUAAGCCCUGAACAUUCUUCUUCCUUGCAUCUAAGGUAGUAAUCUCUCUGCUUCAUGCGCAGGCUCUGGUAUUAGCGGCGUCGUCAUCCCCGGCUGCCCCGAGACGUUCCACUCCUUCGAGCAGAGCCAGCGGCGAGGGAGAAGAGAGGACCCCCACGGCGAGCAGUCGUCCCGGGAACAGCACCAGAAGAUCCGGCGCUUCCGACAGGGGGACAUCCUCGCCUUGCCCGCAGGGGUCGCCCACUGGUGGUACAACAACGGUGAGACCCCCUUCAUCGCCGUCGCCAUCUUCGACGCCGCCAACGAUGCCAACCAGCUCGACCGCAACCCCAGAGUAAGAAUCCGAGUCAUCUUCUCUGGAUCUUGUUGCCGUUUGAUGAUCCAAAUCAUCGUCUCGCUUUCGCAUUUGUGUGCUGUGCUAUCAGAGAUCGUUCCUGGCGGGACGACAGCAGAGAGAAGGGUGGCAGAGGGAACGCGGCGCGGAGGAGGAGAGCUCCGGCGGCGGCAACAUCUUCGGUGGCUUCGACGACGAGAUCCUGAGCGAGGCCCUCGGCGUGAGCCGCGAAGUGGUGAGGAAGCUCAAGAGCGAAAACGACAAGAGGGGAAGUAUCAUCCGAGUGGAGAGGGGGCUCCAGUUGGCUGCCCCCCGCUACGAGAGGGAAGCGGAGAGGGAGGAGCAAGAGGACAACGGCCUCGAGGAGACGCUCUGCAACUUGAGGCUGGACGAGAACAUCGCCGACCCCGCCAAGUUCGACAUCUACUCACGGCAAGGAGGUCACCUCACCACCCUCAACAGCCAGAAGCUCCCAGUCCUCAGGCUCCUCCGCCUGAGCGCCGAGAGGGGCCAUCUCCGCCGGGUUAGCUGAAAACGAAUCCCUUUCCUUCUCUUAAUACGGCCCCCAUAAGCUAAUUCCUCUCUCGCUUUGCGUCGCAGAACGCCAUUAUCGCUCCACUGUGGCACAUCAACGCCCACAGCGUCAUCUACGCGAUCCGCGGCACCGCCCGCGUGCAGAUCUCCGGCGCCGGGCAGCGGCCCCUCUUCGACGGCAACCUCCGCCGCGGACAGAUCCUGGUAGUGCCGCAGGGGCACGCCGUGGUGAAGCAGGCCACUGAGGAUGAAGAGUUCGAGUGGGUGGCGUUCAAGACCAAUGACAACGCCAUGGUCAGCCCGCUCGCCGGCAAGACAUCCGUCUUGCGGGGGAUCCCCAUCGGCGUGCUGUCCAACUCCUAUCGCAUCUCCGAGCAGGAGGUGAGGCGCAUCAAGUUCGACCGAGACGACGAGACCUUACUCCUCCGUGCGAGGAGGGCCUCGCAGUGA